AUGACAUCAACAACAUUGUUUUUGUGCAGUAUAACAGUAUUUCUUUAUUCAGUCAAGGCAGAGGAAUGCAAAGUCUAUGAUGUGAAUGAUGUGUUUCUUAAGCAAAAUUUUGUACAUGAUGGACAGCCACUUGCUGUCAAUUGUUCAGUAGAUAAAACACUGAAUUUUGAAAACACAGACUACAACUUGACUUGGUACAAAACUGGUAGCCAAAUAUCUGUGGCUAAAGACAAACAUUCCAGAAUUCACCAGCAAAAGAACUUCAUUUGGUUUCUCCCUGCAACUUUAGAAGAUUCAGGAUCUUAUGAAUGUGUUAUAAGGAAUUUAUCAAGCUGCAGAAAAAUGUAUAUGAACCUAAUAGUUUUCAAGAAUAUUUAUGGUUUAUGCUUUAAUGAAAAAUUUGCCAUCGGGGAGGAGAUACUAACAUCGUCAAAUGCUAAGGUUGUGUGUCCUCAUUUGGAUUAUUUCAGAGAUGAGGAGAAUACUUUGCCCCUUCAGUGGUAUAAGGAGUGUAAGCUGCUUGAAGAGGAAAGGUUUGUCUCUUCCAAUGAUUACCUUGUGAUUAAAAAUGCAACUCUACAUGACAAAGGAAACUAUACAUGCAGAACAUCAUAUACUUACAAGGGAAAACAAUAUAACAUUUCACGAGACAUUAGUCUAACUGUGACAGUGAGUCCACUGAACACACCACCAGCAAUAUUUUACCCAAGAAACAAUUCCAUUGAAGUAGAAGUCGGCUCACGCGUCAUAGUGGACUGCAAUGUAACAGGCGCUGAAGUGUUUCAGGUGUACUGGACAGUCAACGACACAUACAUUGAUAUAUAUUACAAGAGUAGAAUUUUUGAAGAGGAAGAUUAUGAAGAAGAAACUUUCUAUGAUGGACGCCCUCUCACUACGGUGAGGCUCAACAUUUCUGAAGUGAAUAGCGAGGAUUACGAACAUCGCUUUGUCUGCCAUGCUUUGAAUUCCUUUGGUCAAGUUGCAACAUAUAUAGCAUUAAAACACAGAGUGGUAGAUUUUCACAAAUCACUGACUGGAGGAUUCAUUGCAUUGCUGCUUUUAACAGUUGUUACUUUAUUAAUCUUCAAGCUUUUCAAGAUUGACAUUGUGCUCUGGUAUCGUAGUUCUUGCUGUGCUCUUGUAAAGAAAGAAGCUUCAGAUGGGAAGAUCUAUGAUGCAUAUGUCAUGUAUCCAAAAACCAGUGGGGUGAGAUGUGUCUAUACCCUGAACAACUUUGUUCUGAGAAUACUGCCUGAGGUCUUAGAGAGACAGUGUGGAUAUAAUCUUUUUAUACUUGGAAGGGAUGAUUUACUGGGGGAAGCUGUGGUCAAUGUUAUUGAUGAAACCAUCAAACGAAGCAGAAGACUGAUGAUAAUUUUAGAAUCAGAAGCAGCGAGUUACAAUGUGUUAGAAGAUACCUUUGAACAGCAACUGGCUGUGUACAACGCUCUUAUCCGUGAUGAAAUAAAAAUUAUUCUGAUUGAACUAGAUAAAAUACAGGACUACACGAACAUGCCAGAAUCCAUCAAAUACAUUAAACAAAAGCAUGGGGCCAUCAGGUGGAAAGCGGACUUCACAGAGAAAACUCCCUCAGCAAAUACAAAGUUCUGGAAAAAUGUGAGAUACCGAAUGCCACCCAGACAAACAGUGUCUUCCUUGGAUCCAAAAACUUUCAGCUAUUCUGCAGCAACAGAAAGAUGAUGAUGUCGUAUUUUAAUGGCACAGACCAGCUCACUUUAAAAUAUUUACUAUUUGUCUUCAGAAGCUUCUAGUGUGUAUUACCAACUGAUCACCUCACUCACUUAAAUGUUUUCAAGAUUAAAAAGACCCCCUACAACAUAAUUCAGUUGCCACUAUGCCAUGGUGCUGAUAUUGGGAGGUAUCUGAAUCGUUGUCUCAGUAUCUCGGAUAUUUAAAGCUGACAUGUAGCAAAUACCGUGGCACAUAAUGUUUGCAAUUUCUUAAAAGAAACCUUAUUGCAGAGAAGUGUUUUUUUUUUUAAAUUGAGGUUAAAUAACAAAUACAAUUAAAUGAACAUUCAUUAUGUCUAGAUUUUUAUACUGUGGUUCUGUUGAGGGUUUUUGUUUUUUUUUUUCUGAAAAUAAUUUGAUCUGAUUGAGGUACUUACAAACUCAAGUCAUGCCUUUUUUUCCUCAUUUCACAUGCCUCCCUUUUAUUUUCGUCUCUUUUCUUGCUCUUUAAAGACAUUUUGUUUUUCUAAACCUUCUUUCACCUGAGAUUCUUGAAAUGGUUUGAACUUAUUUAAUUAUUAUUUACAGUUAUUGCGGCAUCUACAGUUGUUGUUUAUUCAUAUUGCGAUAGUAUCUCUGGGCCCUAGUCAUGGAUCAAGGCCCCAUUGUGUUAGGUGUUGUACAAAGCUACCGUGAGUUAGGUAGCCAUUAUUUACCCAAGCAAGUGAAUCAGUAAGCCUGUGCCAUACCAGGGAAUAGAACCCAGGUGUCCUGCUUCCUUCUCCUGUGCUGUAGUCCUAAGAAACCCUCCCCCCUGCCCUCCCAUUUUAGUUCUUCAUAAAGAAGUAAAGGAGGAGGGAGAGGAGAGCUGGUGGUGAGCAGACUAUACUGUGUAGAGCAUACUUAGUUGCAGGUGAAAAUCUUCUGCACACAGAACUCAGUUUUAUUCCUAUCCUUAAUAUUUUCAUAAAAUCCUGUAAGAUAUAUAAAGUACAUCAAGCUUAUUUCCGAAUGCUCUCUCCAGCACAGUUGUGCCCACAGGUUUUAUCAUGGGUCUUCAGACAGCAUGGAGGCACAACUCUGACCUUUUCUGAGGGCUCAGAGACAACCCACCUGCUGAAGAGCCUGCCAUUUUAGUUUUUGUCUCCAUAGCUUCUGGCAGGGUGGACAGGCCUCCAUGGUGGAGUGCUUUAAGGGAUUGCUGAAUCCAAAGCAAAAACUAAAUUAUAUACUUCUGGUACAGCAGGUCUUUAAUUUGGCUGGAGCUUGUGCUGAAUUUUUUUUGAGUGGCUUCUGGGGCUGAGUCACCUUAUUCUGGGCUUCCCUUUCUCCCUGAGGCACUGCAGCAGGCCAUGUUCGUGCUUGAUUCUGGCAAGGCAGCGAAAGAAGCUUAAAGGGAACCUGCUCCUCUUGUAACUUUUCCAAGGUAUAACACGUGGGGUAGUGAGUGCUGCUGGUUUUGUGGCCGAGAGCACAGAAUCAGCUUCUUUUUUUAUGGUGUGCUUUUUAUUUUGUAAGUAGUAAAUAAAAAGCAAAGGUGACUGUCAUAUUGCAUGACCUGUGUGGCAGACGUCUCAAAUACAGCGAAAAGCCUAUAAUAAUAUUGUUGUGACUGAGGUGUGCCACACAGUGUAGGUGUCAUGUGCAGUUGAAAAGCCAGGCUGUGACACGCCUUCACAUCUCUGAGAGUUAGGUCCAGAUGUGUAGGUGAUGACAAUGCUAACACAUAGGAGUGGAAAGAUGGGGGAUAUGAAUAAACGUAGCAAUAAUUUCUUGCUCAUAUAGAAGUUUCUAUGCUGUUGGGGCUCUGUGCAGUUCUAACUGAACCUUAUUUCUUACAUAAUACAAACCUUUGUACUUUGAAGUCUGUAUAUGUCAUGUCCACUGAAGAAUGAAUAAGAAGCUCAUUCAGAUUUGCACAAAUGUUGCACUUGGUAUACAGAAAAAUGUCUUUACAAAAUUUAUGCUUCCCUGC